AUGUCCCGUGCGCUUCUCCUUGUGGUUGCAACCAUGUUUGUAUCCAGGACUCUGGCACAGGAAGUUAGAUGUGAUCAGAACCCCAUCGGUCCUACCUUUGACGAAGCAAAGUUCAAUAAGCUGGUCGAGACAUGGCAUGGGGCAUUUGGCGGCGGUGGCGGGUCUCUAGGCCAGCCUGAUGGUUUUCAUGUCACUCACCAGGCUGUCUGUUGCGACGGAUGGUGCUUGGCGGCCAGUAAUUCGGCAGGGUCUGGAAGGAGUUGGAACGACGACGAUUUCACGGGUGCCGCCGACAGAUUGAGAGAAGAUGGCGGCGGCCACAGCCAAUGUGAGACCCAACUCUGUUCUGGUAUUGGUCUCGAUAUAUACUGCAACCUUGAGUUCCUGAACAGCGAGUACCAAACUACGGAUGCUACUUGCGAUGGAGAGUAUCACGGUGUUGUGGAAGCUUUCGGAGAUACUUGUGCAGGGGCUCCUGGAUACAACGGACCUGAGUGUUAG